UCGGUGCACGCCACUGCGGCGGGAUAGGCCUCUCAGGGAAUGCGCGAAGCACUCUACCUUGCCUUUUGCCGUUCUGCGACUCUCAGAGACUUUCCCAAGCACUCUAGCUAGGGUGAAUAGAUCAUUUCCCUCUCCUAUGGUCAAAGCCCAAACCCACAUACGUGAGCGUCUUUUAAGUCACUUAAGGGAACCUGGAGGUCAUCAAGGAAACAAUCUUUUCCUAAGUCUGGUUUAUUCACAAAUUUUCCUUACUCUUAUUACAAAUGUAGAAAAUAAUACUCAAGUUUCUUAAGUAUCUAUGCCUUUACACAUUAAGGAAAAACUAAAUUAACAAAACAAUCACUUCUUGGAAUAACUAAAAUAAUAAUGUAACCUAUUCUCCUCCCUUCAUCUUAAAUGAAUAAUGCAUCUCACUGUAUAAUAAAAUAAUGAAACUUAUCUCUUUGAGUAAAUAUAGUCCUCCCUACAGAACAUCCGUUCUCUCUUUCUCUCUCACCUUCCGUUUUUUCCUACUCCCACAAGCUAUACUAUGCGAUUAUGUAACAAUAUUGUAUUUUUCUUACUCUUACCAAACUCCAUUACUUUAUAUUUACUUAAAUUGAAUUCCAUUUGCCAAAAUCUACUUCAUCUAUUUAUCUUAUUUAAAUCAUCGUACAAUACCAUACAGUCAUUUACAUUUUCUACCCUUUUCAUCAGCUUAGCAUCAUCUGCAAAUAAGUUCAUAUAACUGUUUAUUUCUUCAUUUAUGUCAUUCACAUAUAUUACAACAUUAUUAGUCCCAACACUGAUUCCUGUGGGACACCACUAGUUACUUUCAGCCAAGAUGAAUUCUGGUCUUGUAUUACUGUUCUCAUCUCUCUAUCAUCCAAAUAAUCCUACACCCACUCCAGCAGUCUUUCUUCAAUUUUUUUCAUAAUUUCUCAUUUUCCAUAGCAAUCUUCGGUGUGGUACUUUGUCAAACACUUUCUUCAAGUCUAAAUAGACACCAUCCACCCAUCCGUCUCUCUCCCACACAAUAUCGAUUAUCCUGGAAUAAAAGGAUAAUAAGUUCAUGGAGCAUGAUCUUCCCCUCCUAAAUCCAAAUUGACAGUUUACCAAAACUUUAUUUUCCAAGUGUUCCAUUUAUCUUUCCUUUUUUUUAGUUCUUUCACAUAUUUUUCCUACAACACUAGUCAAGGAUACUGGUCUAUAAUUUAGUGGGUUUUCCUUAUUUUCUCCUUUGAAUAUCGGUGUAAUAUUUGCUCUCUUCCAAUCUUUCGCUACUCUUCCCUGUGAUAGUGAUGUCACCACUAGACUGUGAAUUUUAUCAGCCAGUUGUUCUCUUCAUUCCAUCAAUAUCUAGUUUGAUACUCCAUCUGGACCAGUUGUUUUUAUUUAUAUCAAGUUCUUCCUUAUCUUAAGUAUUUUCUCAUAACUGACUCGGACUGUACUUAGUAUAUUCCUCACCAACUUAUCCCUUCCAGUAUCAAACUCUCCUUCACCAUAAAUACCGAUCUGAAACUAUUGUUCAUAACCUUUACCUUGUCCUGUGCAUCCUCAUAGAUUUUUCCUUUAACUUUCAAUCUUGAUACACCUUCCUUCUUCAUCUUCUCAUUAACAUGUCUAAAGAACAGUUUGGGUUGAUUUGUACACUUAUCGUUUAUAUCUCCUUCAUAGUUUCUUCUCUCCAUUCUUAUUAUCUCAAUGAACUUAUUUCUAGCAUCAAUAUUUCCUCCCAUCUGCUCUCAGUUUUUCUCUUCUUCCAUCUAUUCCAAGCAUUUAGCUUACAAUUUCUUGCCUCUUUGCAUUUUGAAUUGAACCAUUCUUUACCCUUUCUACAUCUUAUUGCUCCUCUAGGUACAAAUUUCUCCCCAGCAGAAUUAUAUAUCCUUAUAAAUUUAUCCCAUUUUUUCUGAACAUCUGUGUCUUCAAAGUCUUUCCAAUCCACGGCAAAAAAAUUUUCUUAAUCUUUCAAAUUCAGCUUUACUAUAUUUAAAUUUCACCUUAUGAAUUUCAUCAGUGGCUACAUUUUCAUUUUUCAAGUUAAAUUUCAUCAACAAAUGAUCACUUUUACCUAGAGGGCUAUCAUAGUGUAUAGUUUCAAUAAUUUCCAUGUCCUUGGUAAACACAAAAUCAAGUCUUGAUGGUUUACCACUUCCACUAAAUCUGUUAUCACAAUCAAUCCAUUGAGUCAUUAAGUUUUCCACUGCUCAGUUUAACAGUCUAUUACUCCAUGAGUUUUCACUUCCAGUAGUUGUCAAUGUCUCUCAAUUUAUAUCCUUACAAUCAAAAUCACUAACAAUAACUAUAUCACUAAUUUCCAUCACUAUCUUUUCAAGACCUUUUAGCACAUCUACCAGCAUCUCUUCGUGCUCUUCUCUUCACCAAGCAUUGGUCAUAGGUGGCACAUACACUCCUACAUAACUCAUUAUCCUUCCAUGUCCACUUCUAAUCAUUACUUGUAGAAUCUCAAACUUGUCUUCACUUUUUAUUACCCUCUCCACUUUAACACACUUUUUAGUCAGAAUGAUCACUUCACCUCCUCCCUUGUCACUUAUAUUUUUCAUCCAUAAAUCAUAUUUAUCAUCACCAAUGUCAGGAGUUCCCCAUUUGUUUUUCCAGUUUGUCCCACAUAAUACAGCAACAUACAGUGUAGUUCUGUUUAAUAACUCAUUUAAUUCCAUCUUUGUUGACAUUAAUCCAUUUACAUUAGUAUAACACAUUUUACUUAAUGUUUGAUGUACCAUUUCUUUAUUCUCAUGUCUCUUACUCUCCAGAAAAACUUCUCCUCUAUUCUUUGUUAGUUUUUUUUUUGUUUAGCCUCAUUUACCAGCUCCUUUUGCUUCAACCUUUCAAUCUCAUCCAUAUCCCUGUUUAUACAUACAUUCUUAUAUUCUUCAUCUUCAGACAACCUCCAAGAUCUAUUAAUUACUUCUGUUUGUACCUGCGUUGCAAACCUUAUCCUUAUGGGUCUCAUUUUUUCUUUUUCAUAUUUCCCAGUUCUUUGGAACUCUUCCACUUGCUUUACUACCUGAUUGUCUUCACCUAUCACUUUUAUCAGUAACUUAUUCAACAGGUUCUUUUCCUUUUCCUCUCUUUGAAUUCUUCUUACUAUUUUCUCUUCCUUUAAACCAAAUACAAUUACUUGUUUAUAUUAGUCAACAGUGUCUCACCAUUUUUUUUUCUUCUUUAAUAACAUUUACCACUUUCUGUCUCAGGUUUUUUUUUCUCAUUUUCUUGCUGUUUUAUUAUUUUCUCUAGUGAUUCUUCUUCAAAUUUACGUUCAUUUAAUCACCUAUUUUACCUCAUUUCCACAUCCUUUACACUUGCCUUCAUUUCCUCAUUUUCUUUCUGAACAGCUUCUACUUUUCUUUGUGUGUGUGUGUGUGUGUGUGUGUGUGUGUGUGUGUGUGUGUGUGUGUGUGUGUGUAUAAGGAUUAGCUAACCAUGGAAUAAUUGUUAUACAGCACCAUCUUAUUGUAGUUCUGUGAGUGAGAGUAUGUAUAGUACAAGUAGCAAUUAUCCUUAGCAGUAUUGAUAAUCUGCAAGCUAGAAUAUGUGUAGUUAAGUGCUGCCUGGCAGACAGAGUUUGAGGCACUCUGUGGCACUGAGGGAUAGAGAGAGAGAGUAUCGAGACCACUAUGUGUCAAGACGUGUGAGAAUAGAGACAAGGAAAAGCAAGUAGGGUUUGCAAGUGACUGACUGUGAUGGUGCAAGUGCCUGCUGUCCCUGUAUCUGCCUGUGUGUCACUGUAUUACACAGUGACUUUGUGUACUGUUGUGUAAUAUGUGGACAUAAGGAGAGGUGUGUUUUCCUCUCCCUGCUCUGUGACUGUUCUCACUGAGAGUGACCAGGUGAGUCAGAGCUGCAGCUGUUCUGUGCUACCCAGGUAAAGUCCUUCUCCCCAACACAAAUGCCCCAAGCCCUGCAGCUGUGUGAAGAGCCCUUGCCUGUUAGUGGGGAGGUGAAUGUUAUAAUACUUUAAAAAUUCUGCAUCAAUUUUUAAAUAUCUUGUAUGAAUGAUUUUAAAAGAAGUUGCCCAAAACAGAAAUAUUUUUUUGUGAUUAUUUAGCAAUAGUUUUCAAUAUUUCAAAUACGGCAUAUUACAAGUCUAAAAUCUAUUGAUUUCGACAAUGAAAAAGAUAAAAAAUAAGACUGUACUAUAUAGUAUAGCAUAACAUACUCAGUAGCAUCAUGAUGUAUGAAUAUAGUCAUUUUCUUGGGGAUUUUAGCAUCUCUUUCAUAAAGUGAAUGACAUGGCAAAGUAAUCAAGCACCAAAACAAACAUCUCUCAGGACUACUCUGGCAUAACAAGAGGGGAAUACAGGAAGCCACUGGUUCAUGUAGUGGCAUGGACACUGCAGCAGGAAUUAACUGGUUGUCCAACUAUGUGUUUGUUAACUUCAUCUAAGGCAGGCCAGUCAGAUGUUUGUUUUUUGUUAAUUAUACAGCAUUACUCUUGCCAGGACAAUCAAGUUGUCUAUUUUCUAUUAAAAAUAUUUGUUUUCAUAUACUAGGAAGCUGAUCUAUGCAAUUUGAAGUUUUAAGUGGCAGAGACAUGUUGUCUUCAUUUUUACUGUCGUGGACAUUAAUAUGCUUCUGAUCAAUGUUGUAUUUUUUGGGGAAACAUCAAGAUGACCAAAUAAAUCAAAAUCCCAUAUUCACUAGAAAAUCAACUUUUGUUGUUUUGUUGUUGAAGUUUUGUUCAUGAAUACAGUUCAAUUUUACCAGUGUUACUACUUAGAAGGAAUUGUGUAGAAAAGUAUAUUAUAUAAGCUCAUUGCAUCUUUAUGCACAUAUGUAGAGUGACACAGUAGAUGUAUUUGACACAGCUCCUAUGUGUGAGAAGGGAACAUGUUUGGUGCUGUGCCCUGGUGACACUCACUAGUAUACCAAACUCCCUAUUCCAUCAAGCUAUACUUCUUAGCAUUAAAUUUAAUUUGCCAUUUACAAGUAAUUUACAUUUAUCCUAUCAAGAUCUUGUUGCAGGGCAGAACAAUCUUCGUGGUUUGUCACUUUCCUCAUUAUCUUGGUGUCAUCUGUGUGUGUAUUUGUGUGAUAAUGAUUCUACUUGCUGUUAUUCCGUAUUGCUUUAAUAUUUUACUCAUAAACUUUUUUGUUUUACUAACUAGUUAAUUGAUGAUAUUAUUUAUUUAUUUAUUUUUAUUUGUAAGAUUAAAGCUCAUAGAUCAUGCUGGUGAGAAGUAACUGAAGUUUUCUUUUCUUGAUAUAUAAUAUGUAUAUAUGCAAUAUAUGUGAUAUUUAUAAGGACUGAAGAACUCUGUGAUUCUGCACGAGUCCUCUGGCACAGGUUCUUAUGUAGAUUACAUUUGAUUCCUCUCUCCCCAAUCUUCAUGAUAUUAUCAUAUAACCACACCUAUGAAAUGGAUAGUUGGUACAGUUGUCUAAAAGAGGCAUUAUGAUUUAAGCAAUCUCUACCUGAGUGUUUAGCUGUCUAGCUGGGUGUCAUUUUUACCCUUUAGGGCCCCUUUCACACGACACCACUGGUGGCUGCCACUAGUUACCUCCCGUUGUUUGCAAUGGAGCCUUUCAUACAAGGCCACCACAGUUGCAUGAGCAGGUAAUUACCACUGAUGGUGGCGUGCUCUCGCAACUAGUGGCUGCCACUCACUUUAGGGCAUUGUUUCAAAUAGGAGCUCUUACACAAAGCCAUCAAGUGAUGCUGCUGUUGUCCAUAAUCCCUUUUUUUCAGUGUUAGCCACAUUUUGAAAGGACCAGUCCUUCAUGAUGGAGGGCAAAAGAUUGUGGAGAAGGUGAACAUAGAAUACCUUAUUUGUGAAGUAGAAAAUGCCAAUCUAUUUGGUAUCCAUCCACUGAAGUUUACAGCAAUAAGACUGAGAGGAGGAAUACCUGAGGUUGAAAAGCUCCUCAAGUGAAAGCUUGCUCGGAUGAAAAAAAAUUAAAGAUUUUUCUUCUCAUUAGCACAUAAUUCACUGUAAAGUGUAUGAUGUAGGCUUCUGUCCUUUCUAGGUGAUAGAAUCUGAUACACAUGUAUUUGUCUCUUUUGAAAAUGUCUCCCCUUUUCCUUGUCAGCAAAGCAAAGAGAAGCAGCUCCUCCUUUGAUGCCAUUCUUUCAAUUGACAAGCAUGAGAAAGGAUGGCAAGGGUGAAUGGCAGUCACUGGUUGCUUGCAGUUACCUGACCAUUUCACACUGGUGGUGGCCAAUUGUAGUGCUGUGUGAAAGGGGCCUCAGGAAUGUAAAUAUCUGGGUGUUUUGACUGACACAUCCAGCUAUGCUGACUUCAUGCUAUAUCAUGAUUAAUGAGAGAGAGAGAGAGAGAGAGAGAGAGAGAGAGAGAGAGAGAGAGAGAGAGAGAGAGUUGUUAAAUCACUGACUGUCACACAGCUACGUCUCUCUCUCUCUCUCUCUCUCUGGAUAUAACAAAUUUUCAUCUUUAGCAUUGCACCUUUCCACCAUAUGUGUUUGUUAUAUCAAGGGUUUACUGUAAUUUAUGGUAAUUGAAAGAAUAAUCCACACAAAGCCAAAAGACUGAGCUGGUGGGAACAUUGGUAAAAAUCUGCAAAUAUGCAAAACUGUGGAUACUGAACUGUGAAUAUGCAGGGGAACACUGUAUUUUACUUACUUAUUUACUAGUAAUAAAAAUGCAUAGUUAACUUUAGCUCCCCUGUGCAGAUGUUGGUUCUGCUUGGCCUGCAGAAACACCAGGAAGAGGAUACACAGACUGGCCACAACAGUGGUGCCUCUGUGGAAACAUUUUGUGUGGAAGGAGCCUCCAGCCACCCUACCCUUGGAGCAGGCCAGGGUCCUCUUCCAUCAUGUGUUUGCUGCUUUUAUUUUUAACUACAAUGAGGAGUACAUGAGCCAUUCCUUGUCUGUCCUGCAGGCAAGUGGUCACUUGCAGCUGAGGGAAGAGCUCAUGAGCCUCAUAAACUUCCAAGGAGCUUUCCGCAGGCACUUUAUCCUGCUUGCCAAGAAACGCAGGAAGAGAGUGGAAGGCAUAUCACUAAGGUCUCUGAGCCAAACUGCAUCCUACUAUAAGAGGGCCAUUCACUGGAGGCAAAAGAGAUUACAGAACUUAUCUGAAGCUGCAACCAUUACUUUAUCUCAGGACCCCAAUCAAGAGACUCAAAAAGAAGGAUUGCAUGACUCAGAAAAAUAUUUUGGUGAUCAUACCAAAUCUAAUGAUAAAAUAGAUGGAAAACAGGAUUCCAUUGAAGGUAAUAAAAAUUCCAAAAGUACAUCUGUAAAAGCUAAAUCAGGAACACAAAAGAAAAGCACGCUUCCUCAGAGAAAAGAAUCAGUGCCCCAACCUGCUGCUCUACCCAUGAGAAUCAGAUUAAGCAAUAAGAGAUCAUAUCAAUCAUAUAGCAAAGGCAACACAACAGUGAGCAACAAAACAGUGGUGGAUGCAGAUCAGAAUUGCUUGCCAAAAGACACCAGUAUCAUCUCUUGCUUGACACAUAGAUUUGGCAUUGACAUAAGUGUUGGCAACAAUAGACAGUCUGUUGAUUGUCAAGAGGAAACAGUUCAUGAAGUCCAAGGAGCAGAAGGUUUCCUCCAGCUAGAGGGGGAGAAGAAACAUGGUAGUUGGGAUGAAGCAGACAGCACUUCCAUGCAGGAUAUUGCCAAACACUCAGACACCAGCACUCCUAACAGACCAAGGAGGCAAAGGCAUGGACCAUCAAGCACAUGCAGUUCUGCUACCAUCACCCCAAAAAACACAAGUGGCACUACAAGACGUUCCCGGGUGCCCCAUUACCCUGCAUCGUGGCUCGAAGGAUUGCCCCUCCCAGCCAGUGGCAACAACACCACUAGGAGGAAGAGCAAGAAGACUGACACUCAUGAGGCAAAAUUUUAAAUUCCAGAGGCUAUGCCGUCCUGUGCUUCACUAACAAAGAAAACAUCAAGAAAGAGCAAGAAGAUAUUGAGAGACUCUGAGGUGGAAAAUCCUGAUGCAGGAGAGACCGACAUGACUAAUGACAAAGAGGAAUAUGAAACAAGAUAUGAUUUGUGUGCCUCUUUUACAGAUGGGAUGGAUGAUCUCACCAUUCCCAGAGACACAGAGGUUGCCUUAGAAGUGUUACCUGAGAUGGACAGUUCAUCAGUGACUGAAACUGACAUGAAUGUUUUGGAAAGUGAUGAUCAGCAGUGUGUAGGAGAUAUUCAUUAUGGCACAGACACAGAUAGAUUGAAUGAUAUUCCACCCAAUAAUGAGGACAAAGGGGACAGUUUGGUAAUUAGUGAGAAUGUUUUGAAGAACAACAAGCAUCACUCUGUGGGUGGAGAUUUUCAAUAUGCCAUUCAAGCAGACUGGUUGAAAGAUCUGCCACUCCAUAAUGUAAGUGCAGGGACUGUUUUAGUAAUGUCACUUGACAGAAAUCACACAUCCAGUCUUAAAACCAAAAAACAUUGUUCAAAAAGAAGGGUCAGUUUUGCAAACCCAGUAGUGGAUAGGAUUAUAAAUUAUAAUUAUUAUGGUACUAGUGAAGAAGAUAGGAAAGAUGGAGGUAAAAGAAAAAAGAGGAAGACAGAGCAAAAGGAAUGUGAGACAAUUCAUCCAACAACCAAGAAAAUGCUGGCAAAAUAAGAGGCAUGAAGAGUAUUAAGAAAAAGCAGUUAAUUUAGUGUGAGUGAGGAGGAUCCAGAAUUCAAAGCAAACAAUCAUGAGAAAGACAGUCCAUAUAGGAUAGAAACAAUUUGGAAUUCUAGUUCAGACUUAAUCCUGAUCUCAGAACAUAAACGCGCUGACUCAGACAAACGAGAGUUGGCUUGGCAACGGCAGCAGGCCUAGCAAGAAACAGAAGGUGGAAAGCAGCAGACUUGGCAGUGAGUGUAGCACAUCAGAUCAGAACUUCAGCAUCAUCACUAUCUGCAACCAAAUAGAGAGGCCCAGCAACAUCAGAAUCCCUCUGUGCAGCAUUCCCGGGAGUGACAGCACUGCCUCCACAGAUAAGGAGAUUUAAGUGGAGGUCCAGUUCUAAAGCCAACAUUCUGUGACUGGAGAUGGAGGAGAACUGUGUAUGCCUGUAGUUGGCUGGGAUGACUCUGGUGACCUGAGGCAAAGCGUGGAGUCACCAAAGGUCUCCACCCCACACAGGAGUCUAAGUGCAUGAAAAUGGAAGCAUUUUGAGGAUGAUGAUUGUAAGGAUCAGGCUGUUGACAUUAUUAUUACUGUAGUUUUUGUUGGGCACGAGGAGUGCUUGUAUAAAAGAAAGUGAAUCU